GUUUAAAGGCAGAGGGAGCGAGGCAGGGAUCCAGGGAGCACAGGGGGCCGAGACCUUCCCAGAUAAGUGACGAGAUGGGCGAGAGCUUCACCGGGGGAGAUGCCUACCAGAGGGACUUCUUGCCAAAGGACUACCUGGCCACUUACUACUCCUUUGACUCGGGCUCUGAUCCCGAGUACCAGAUGCUCAAGUUCAACCUGGAGUGUCUCUUCCAGACCUUCGUGCAGGGAGACCUGCGGGGGGACACGCUGAUCGACGUGGGCUCCGGACCCACCAUCUACCAGGUCCUGGCCGCAUGCGAGUCCUUCCGAGAGAUCAUUCUCUCGGACUUCACCGACCGCAACCGCGAGGAGCUUCAGCGCUGGCUGCGGGCCGAGCCCGGAGCCCACGAUUGGACCCCAGCCGUGCAGUAUGCCUGCGAGCUUGAGGGAAACCGAGAUAAGUGGCCGGAGAAAGAGGCGAAGCUGCGCCGCAAGGUCACGCACGUGCUCAAGUGUGACGCCAACAGGCCCAACCCACUGGAGCCGCUGGAGCUGCCACCUGCCGAUUGUGUCCUGACCAUGCUGGCGCUCGAGUGUGCGUGCCGCGACCUGGAUGCCUACCGGGCUGCGCUGUGCCACCUGGCAGGGCUGCUCAAGGCGGGUGGCCACUUGGUCACCACGGUCACCCUGGAGCUCGGCUCAUACCUGGUCGGGGAGCGCGAGUUCUCAUGUGUGCGGCUGCAGCAGGAGGGUAUCGAGGCCGCCUUUAGGGAUGCUGGUUUCAAAAUUGAAAGGCUCCUGCACAGCCCCCGGAGCUACUCCCGCACAUACGCCCCCAAUAGCGGUAUCUGCUUCAUUGUGGCCCGCAAGAAGGAGGCCGCCUAGGGCCCAGGCCAAGGGAGACAAAUAUCUGAGGCCCUACCACAUACCACUCCCUCUUCAGCAAGCAGCUUUCUCCUUGGUAGGAGGCACUUCCUGCAGGCAGCCUCUUCUUUGCUAACUGGAUUCUUUCCAGAAUUUUUAGUUAUCCCACCUCCCACCCACCUAGAGUGGGCAUCUUCUCUUUUGUAGGUGGUGGGUUUUUGCUAGCAGAUGCUGCUUCGACACUCUAAAUUACCCCGAGGGUGGAUUGUCUGGGCCUCUCUGCUUCCUAGAUUAUCUGUGGCUUUCAGUUAUCCAUGUUCAACCAAUGACACAGGACAAUCAAAUGUUGGCCUGUUGUGGGGCAAAAAGUCCUGGUUUUAGCUAGUCCUACAUGGUACCAUUUCUGCCCCUGCCCCCGACUCCGACCAAGUCACUCAAGCAGAAAAGAAAGGUAGAUUUUUCAAGCCCCAUACAUUUCCCUGGUAUUCCUUAUUAGUGGCAGCAUGGAGGAAGCCUAAAUUAUCUGUGUAUUUACCUUGAUGAUCCAUUUCCAUUAAGCCAUACAGGAAUCCCCAACCCCCCAGGCUUCCUUGAGGUCAAUGGCCCCAAAGGCAGGUAGGGAGUCCACUUGUUGCCUGGAGGGAAUGCAGGGCCUCUGUAGGGAAGACCCGGGCACCUACCCCACCCAGUCUAGAUGGCGUCUACAUGCAUAAAUUAUCCAGGUGAUCCAUGCUUCAAUUAACCCUAUCCACAAAAAACCCUGGGGUAAUUGAAGCCAGAGUCCAUGCUGGAGUAAGAAUUAUCUGAAUGAUCAUCUUGGGGAGACCUAGAGGGAGACCUGGUGCGUCUGGGGAGGCACCAGAAGCUGGGGGCAGAAGGAGGAGGGCAGGUCAAAAUUCACCCACACUCACUGUCUUUGGGGUCCAAUUGCACCUCUGCCCACCUGAUGGUGGGGUUGGGGGGAGGUGAAGGGAGAUCUUCGGGGGCACCAUGUUGGGGGUGAGAGUUUUCCUCAGAUUCAGGUGUCAUCACUCCUGCAGAGCACACUAUUUUGAGCAAAUGCAAUAAACGCUUGUCUACA